AUUCGAAAAAUACAUGUUAUUCCGCUGUUGCAGGCACGGGGCUCAAGAACCGCGCUUCCAAGAGCAGACAUCACAUCACUGCCACGCUUCCCUCUCUGGUUUCUCUUGCCAAGAAUUCCAAAUGCCGCUCACCGAUCCAUCCUCAUCCUCGACCCCUAGCUCCACCAGGUCCUUGAUUGUCCACGGACUUGCCGCCGGAGCGGCCGCUGCGCUGGCGCUCGGCGCCCAAGCCUACCUAUUUUCUCGCCGAUCCGCCAAGUUCCGGAGCCGGGUCAUCGGGAUUAUACCAGCAAGAUUUGCCUCCUCUCGGUUCCAGGGGAAACCCCUUGUUCACAUUCUUGGGAAGCCGAUGAUCCAGAGAACAUGGGAAAGAGCAAAAUUGGCGACAUUGUUGGAUCAUGUAGUUGUGGCGACAGAUGAUGAUAAGAUUGCUGCGUGCUGUAAAGGAUUUGGUGCUGAUGUGGUGAUGACAUCAGAAUCUUGUCGAAAUGGCUGCUCCUGAUGCAGUCUUCAGCACUGCAGUUACGUCCUUGAAACCUGAAGAUGCUCGUGAUCCGAAUCGUGUAAAAUGUGUAGUAGAUAACCGUGGAUAUGCAAUUUACUUCUCACGAGGACUUAUACCAUUUAACAAAUCUGGAAAUGUCAACCCCCGAUUUCCAUAUUUACUUCAUCUGGGAAUUCAGAGCUAUGAUUCAAAGUUUCUCAAGAUAUAUUCAGAGCUACCACCAACUCCGCUCCAAAUGGAAGAAGAUCUAGAACAGCUGAAGGUGCUUGAAAAUGGAUACAAAAUGAAGGUGAUCAAAGUAGACCAUGAAUCCCACGGUGUUGAUGUCCCGGAAGAUGUAGAUAAAAUAGAACACUACAUGCGUCAAAGGAACUUGUGUUAGCAGUAUAAUCGCACAAAAACGUAAUAGGCGUCCUACCAUCGCCUUAUUUUUUGUUCUGAACAAUGGCCUCUACAGAGAACUAAGCAAGCAAUUAUCGGCAUCUGAAAUAUACUGUUUUCCCUUUCUGGAGUUGUAUACAUUAUGCCUACGUUGUAAUUUUACCAGACUCUACCAAUGUAAGUUUCCUCGACUUGUAAGAGCCGAGACAUUUAAA